AUGGAGAUGGAGACGAGUUUGUCCGAGACAACUAAGGAUGAGGCCAUUGGAGACUCGAAGAAGAGAAAGCGUGAUGACAAUCCGGAUGAUGCCAGAAAAGACACAAGGGAGAAGAGAAAACGCGAGGAUGCCUUGAGUGGCACCGAGCCUCAAGCUCAGCCGAAGCAAAGAAGGAGGCAAAGCGGCUGCAGUGAUACGGCCCCAAAACUACACCUAGCAAUACAGAGUGGAGAUGGCGUUACGUCUGGCUCAGGAGUGGUGGAAUCGGCACUAGAAUCCUUCAAACCCCGUCGAAGUCGGCAUCUUGGUUUAUAUGUCAAGGCACAGACUAUACCCCCGGAGCCAAAGACUGGAAAGCGAAAGAAGCGAAAGUCGCCUGUAUCCAACGCGCCCCAGUCCAUCGGAACCCGACGAAGCACACGCGGCUCUGUUUUGACUUAA